AUGGCAAUUGGUAAGGUAAAGUGGUUUAACAACGCCAAAGGGUACGGAUUUGUACUACCGGACAGUGGUGGUGAAGAUCUCUUCAUACACUACUCUGCGAUUCAGAUGGACGGCUAUAAAACGCUGAAAGCUGGGCAGGAAAUUCAGUUCGAGGUUGUUGAAGGCCCCAAAGGGCUGCACGCGGUAAAUAUCCAGGAUGUAGAAGGCCACGCGUCGGCUAACGGCGAAGUGGGCGGCGUUUCGGUGGACUUUGAUCUAGACAAUAGUGGUUCUGAAGAACUGUCUAACGGUGCUGCUGAAGCUGCAGUUGGUACCCCGGGCGCCUCGUCUGGUUAG